AUGUGUGACGACCCACUGCGCGACAGAAGCGCUGAAAACCGAGCAGUCGUCAUCGUCUUGGCGGUCCUUUCUGCUUGCAUGGUCCUAUUGCGGAUUAUCCAGAAGCUUUUGGGACCUUCCGAGAACCGAUUCGGGCUGGACGACAUUUUUUUAUUCACCACGAUGAUUGUGUUUCAACCAAGCGCAAUUAUCGUCGUUGCGAGUCUCAUACCCAGCGGCAUGGGACGAGACGUUUGGACUCUAUCAUUUGGCACCAUUUCCGAAUUUGGGAAGUACUUUUGGGUGGGCGAGCUCUUCUAUUUCAUCGCAUCAGCACUACUCAAACUAUCAUUCCUCUUCUUCUACCAAAGGAUAUUUCCUGGCCGUAGGGUUCAACUCCUCAUCCGGAUAACGAUCAUCGUAGAUGUUCUAUGGGGCACAGCAUCUUUGGUCAGUGCAAUAUUCCAGUGCUGGCCAAUAUCAUAUUUUUGGCUCUUCUGGGAUGAUGAGCGCUCAGGGCAUUGCACCAACAGAGUCUGGGUAGCAUCUGCCAACUCUAUAAUCAGCAUUGUUCUCGAUGUUUGGAUGAUUACCAUACCUUUGUCACAGCUCUAUGGCCUCAAAAUGGCGUGGGUGAAGAAGACGGGCGUAGCACUCAUGUUUUGCCUAGGUACACUCGCAACAGUCGUAUCGAUCAUAAGGCUUCGAUUCCUCCUUAUCAUCGAUGAAAAGAAUAAUCCUACCUGGGACUUUUGGGAUCCUAUCAAGUGGCAUCGUCUGCUCUUGCAUCCCGUCCAUGCGCUUUUUCCUUAUUCGCCUAUUGCCAAGCGUGUUUGGCUCAUCGCACGAUCGAUCCCAUGGGGCCAACCAGUACGGAGAAAGUUCAAGAAGAAGCGGGCUCUCGGGAUUUACAGUGGCUCAAGAAAGCCAGGCGAAAGCAACGCGACCAAUUGCACGACGAUCUUUACGACUCACAACGACUCCGAAGCUAAAGACGACGACGAAGUAGAAUUGGUACAUAUGCGCCAGAGUGAUAAGAGUGGCGGAGGAAGUGUCGCUACAUCGGUCGAAACCCCCAGUCGAUACGAAGCUUGA